UUGGCCGCAGUGCUUUUGGGAAAUUGAGUAUUCGCUGUAAUCAAACUCGUGUUGAUCGUCAAAUAUAUUCUGUCUUGUAUAUAACCAGGCAUUUUGGAUCUGUCAUGUAUUAUCAUGUUUAAUCAAUAGUCCGAUGAUGUUAUAAUAAACCGGUCAUUAUUUAGCCAAACACGUUAGACUUGUUAAAGCUAGACUUGUUUAGCUGUUAGCUCAUAGUGUUGAGAUGAGCGUUUGAGUCAUGCUGCUGGAUGUGCUGCAGGGAACGGAAGCUGGAGGAUUCAUACUCAUUCAAGAUACUGUGAGUUGCAGCGGGCGGGGAAUCCUCAAGUGUUUUAUUAAUGCUGCAUUGAAGAGGGGCGAAGACGUACAUGUGCUGGGAUUUGAGAGUCCUGAAACACAAGUGUGUGCUGGUUUGGACAGUAGCUGUGUGCAAAAGCUUCAUUUCCAUGAGGGUUUUCCCGAUCCUCUUGGCUGGAAAUGCACAUCGUCUUUCACCGUUGAUCAGUUCACUUCUCAACACAUAACACAGCUCAUCAAAGACACACAGUAUGCCAAAGCAUCAGUGCUCGUUGUUGACUCUCUCUCAUUGGUUUUAAGACAUCAUGACCCUGUUGUCAUCUGUCAAAGACUUCAGGAGCUCAGAAAAGGAGGAGUUAUUAAAACUGUCAUCGGUCUCCUGCAUUCAGACUUGCACCAGCAAGGUGUCGUGGGUAUUGUGGGCCACUUAGCCAGUACUGUUAUCUCUGUAGCACCUGCAAACAAUGAACGUCAUGGUGUGGCGAAGACCACAAGACGCACAAAGUCAGGCAAAGUCAUGCAAGAGGAAGAGUAUUUCAGUGUGUCCGAGGACGCAACCCUUUCAGUACAGGCCAAACUACGUCAGCCUGGACAUGUGCAGAAAGAGCAAGAUGUAUCUGAGGCUGAUCCAACAUCAAACUUGACUUUUAAUCUACGUCUGUCUGAAGAGGAGAGAAAAGCAAAGGAGAAAGUGGCUCUGCCGUUUGUAUUUAGCCAAGAAAAAAAAUCAGCUCUUCUGAGGCCGACUCCUGGCACAGGGAGGAUCAUGUACGAGCCCGAUGCCAACGAUGACUUUGACGAGGAGGAUCCAGAUGAUGAUCUUGAUGUGUGAUUGAACACAGCCCACAUCAUGACCUAAAUCUGUGAAUGUCAGAUCCAUCUUUAUAAAUAUAUUUAUUUAUGACUCUAUUUUAUUAUAAAUCAUAUAGUCUGCUGUCUAUCAACUAUUAUGAGGCCAGGUUUGAGAACCGACAUGAAUUGAUGAAGCAAUGUUCUUAGUAAUGUUAUGCAGGUUUUGUACUGGUAGGAAAAUUGGAGGAUUAAAAAAGCACUCAUUUGAAAAUAUUUUAAGCGUAAAUUCUUCAUUAUGAUUAUUAUUGAUUUAUUACUAAGCUAAUUUUGUUCCGUUUUUAUACAUGUAGACAUAAAAGGCAACUUUUUUUCCUAUUGGUUGAGAUCAAAGGUCCACAAACCUUGUUCCAAACUAAAUAAAUUAAAGUAAAAUUUCAAUAAAAUUUAUAUUGAAAGUCAAA